AUGACAGCUGUCAUCCAAAUCAUUAACAACUUUCGGUAUUGGGAUGAGCAGAUAUCUUCCAACAAUAUGGUCAGAAAGCUACGCAUCCACGUUAAGAGCAUUGGAACUCCUGGUGCAAGACUGCGUGGCAUCCCCGACGACGAGAACCACUGGGGCGACCACCAUCUCAAAUGCCAGAUCAUUGCGAUCUCCGCAAUGAACGACCCGACAGGAGUUUCAAUCCCAAGUGUCUUCUACACAUACCGGACCGGAAAGAUUCAGCUGUCGAAGGACUGGAUUGCCAUGCUGACCCAGCUUCAGAACUUUUUGCACUGGACCACCAAUGAGCGCGUGCGAGGCCCGUACAUAAAGGGACUCGUCAAGAAAUAUGCGCCACCGCCCAAGCAACCCAAGCAGAAGAUGACCAUCAAGGAGAUCAAAAAAAAUGACAGAAAGCGAGAGAAGGACCUGAUGGAUAAUCAGGCUGCUCGCAACGCUCAGUUUCAGGAGGACAAGAAGUGGCUAAAGGAGAACAAUCCGAAGCAAUACCGAGUACGUUUUGAUGAUGAGAGUGAGGACGGAAACGACGACGUUCGCAUUACGGAGGUACGUGACAAAAACGGACGCAAGCUAAAGGGUCCGGCACCAGCUUCGCAGGCAUCGACUUCCCCUGCAAAGAAGAGAUUCAGGACCAAGGCCCCUGCGCGGAAGUCAACGAUCUCCGCAAAGAAGCGACCCCAAAAGCCGAGUGUCGAGGACGAUGGGUAUGAUGUUUAA